GGCUGUUUCCGGCGCUCUGCUCAGCCGGCACUAUCGCUUAGCGCACAGACCCUGGUCUUCAAAACAGCCAAAUUAAGCCUCCAACAGCUGCCCAGGUGGGUGGCUUUCUGAUGCUCCGCCAUGGAUGAUGAUGACAGCCAGAACCAGAUGAUCAACAGGAAUGCCUCCCUAGGAAAAGGCAAAAGACAAGCUGUCUUUGUACUCACUGAUGAAGACGAGCCCAGUGAUGAAGAGGGAGAGGACUCUGAAGAAGAGGAGACAGACAGUGAGGAAGAGGAUGAUGAAGAGAAUGGCGCCAAUGCUGAUGAAGACGAAGCGGGGGAUAGUGAUGAGCCUGAGGAUAAUGAGAAGGAGCUGGAAGGGGCUAUCGGUGGGUCCAGCUCUGGCCUAGGCUACGUGAGUUCGGAUGAGGACGCAGACAAAUGCCCCAUCUGCCUCAAUACCUUUCAGGAUCAGGCUGUGGGAACGCCUGAGAACUGUGAACACUUUUUCUGUUUGGACUGCAUCUUAGAGUGGUCUAGGAAUGCAAACUCUUGUCCUGUGGAUCGACUAGUCUAUAAAAAUAUAUGCCUGAGGUCUUGUUAUGGAGGAAAGAUUCAAAGAAAGAUACCAAUUCAGACCACCGCUAAGACCAGCGAGCAGGAGGUGGAUGAGCAGACAAAUUGCGAGGUGUGUGGAAGGAGUGACCGCGAAGAUCGCCUGCUGCUCUGCGAUGGCUGUGAUGCUGGGUACCACAUGGAAUGUCUCGUUCCUCCUCUGGAUGCAGUUCCUGUAGAGGAAUGGUUUUGCCCAGAAUGUGCUGUAAAUAAUCCAUCUCAAGCUCAAGAAGAGGACGUGAACGAGGACGAGGUGGCUGUGCUGAUGGCAGACGUGGUGCCCUCCACCAGCCGCCUGCGGGCCACCACCGGGCAGACCCGCGCCAUCGCCAGGACCCGGCAGAGUGAGAGAGUGCGCGCUAAUGUCAACAGGAACCGCAUCUCGCAGGCCCGCAACAUGCAGCACGUGCCCAGGCACCUGAUGGAGUCCUCAUUGCUCGAAGAAACAAUUGACGCUGUAGUUGCGGGUCUGAACACGGCAGUGUAUGUCCGACCGCUCACUCCUCGAGCUGGAACUACAAGAAGACGAAGGACAGUGAAGCGAAGGGGAACCAAAAGUAAGAAGCCUCGAUCGAAAACCGCCGGAGGAACAAGAACUAAGGGCACAAAAAGACGGAGGCGACGUUUGAAGAAGCAGAGGUCCAGAAGGAAAGUGCAGCUGCCGAAGGAGCCCACUGCACGGGCCCGUAUUGCUAAAAGCCUUGGUAUGGGGAAGCCCAUCCGUGGGUCCUCCAUUCCCUCUGUGUACCGGCCCGUGGACCCCAGCCUGGGCGCCAUGAGAGCAGACAUUGGUGCAGCCUCUCUUUCCGUCUAUGGAGACCCCUUUGACCUGGACCCUUUUGAUGAUGGAAAUGAAGCAACCGAACAGCCUUCAAGCCCCUUGUCUCCUUUUGAAGUUAAAAGACGAGGUCUCUCUCAGUCAGCUCUUAAGUCUCAUCAACCUGUUGCCAGACCUGUUUCAAUCGAACUUCGCAGAAGGGCACUUAGUAUCCCAGAAGCUGAGGUAAUCACAGAAGCAGCACCCGUUCCAGACCUGCUGGGCAGCAUCCUGUCAGGACAGAGCUUGCUUAUGAUGGACAGUGCUGAUGUUGUCAUCAACAGAGAUGGUUCUUUGAAAGCCAUUAAACCAGUUAUCUCGACACAGAUGAGAAGCGUUUCCAGUGUUUGUAGAGUCGGGGGUUUGGCAACAGAAGUUAGCGCCACGUGGUCGACGUGCUCCAAGACAAGUGCCUUUAGUUCUAGUGGAGAUAACGAAUUGCCUUCAUCUUCAUCCCCUUGUAACAUCCCUGAAGGAUCUGCUUCGUUUUGCUUGUUUGCGUCGAAUGGCUCUUUAUCACCCCCAGUGUCACCGAAGCCACAGGUGCAGUUGGGGUCGCAGUCUCAUAAUGUGCGAUCAGCUACUUCGGGAAGCAGCUCGAUCCGGUUGCUGACCUCGGCCGUUCCACAGCCCAAUCCCCUGGCUAGCCUCACGGCACCAGGAGGAAGCCUAAGAAAUGGCAACAGCGGUCCAUGUUCUCUGAACUACAGGGGUAGCAACUCUGAUCCAUGCUCAAGAAGCACUAUCGUGCCUGCCAGAAAGGUCCCACUGAGACCCGUUAGGGUAGAUGUGUCUGAACUCCCUAGGAUACCAAAAAUUAAAAGGGAAGACAUGGGCAUCUCUCAACCCAGAGAUGGUAACAGCAGUGGAAUACCAGAUUCAUGCAUGAAUAACCUCACGGGUAAUGGUGGCAGACAGCAGACAGUAGGGCAGAGGGAUGUGAGGAGCAAUCAGAAUAGGACUGACAGGAGUGAGGGGCAGAGGCAAAGCCAGGGAGGCUCAUCUUCGUCCUCUUCCUACUCUUGCUCCUCUGGCAGCUCAGAGACCCGUCCUAGUUCUACUGUAAGCUUCCGAAUAAGUGCCAGUGGAAACUCCUGGCAUGGCAGGAGGCUUGCUCAUGGAGGGGUUUUCGGUACAUCUUUGAAACCCACAGGUGAUGAACCAUGGGAGAUACACAGCAAAGGCAAACAGUCUUUGCCAGCUGUACAACCUGAAAAGAGAGAGAAGGCUGUAAAAAGUGAAAUCUAUGACCCCUUUGAUCCCACUGGCUCUGAUUCAAGCUCUUCUGAAAGCGCCUCUGAUAUAUUUCUGAACACAAGCUCAGAGACUGAAAAAAUGAGCCACAGCAUCCAGGAUUCCACAUCAAGGGAGCAAGAACUGCCAUCCUCCAGCUGGAAUUUCCUUGAAGAAAGGAAAACAGGUGCUGGACACCAGGUUAAAACUGAAAGAGUGCAUGGUGACACUGAUGAAAAAGAGGAUGUGGAACCCAAUUUUGAGCAAAGGAAAGAAUCCUUGUGUAACAAACAUUCCAGGCUUUCUGGGAAUGGCUUAAAAAUUGCUUGUAAAUCUAAGAUCUUAAUCACCGAGCCUUUGUCUGAUGGAGAACAUGGUGCUUCUGCUGGUGGUGGAAUUGAUACAACACACAAAACACUUGAACUUAAAAAAAGACUACCUCAAAAGGACGCUCAUUCAAGAUCUAACUCUCCAGCCAGUACUCACUCCGAAAAGAAAAUUAAGUUGGAAACAAAGUCUGAAGCCAAAGAUCAUAAAUCAAGGUCAAACUCAAGAUCCGAGUUGUACCCCCAUUCUUCAUCUGAUGGGAAACAAAGUUCAAAACCAGAGGCAAGGUUGGCCUCUGAUGAAUGCUGCAGGUCUAGUAGUUCAGAGACCACAAAGGAAAAGUCUGCCAUAGUGAAAUAUAGGGAAAAGAAUCCCUUGAGGUCAAGAGAGAGGAGGUGGUCCCACUCCCAUUCAGGAAGCUCUUCGCCUGAGAUCUCAGAGAGAUGGGCGAGAAAGAAAAGGCGGUCCAGGUCCAGAUCGAAAGAUAGGAGGCAAUCUUGCUCCAGCAGUUCUGAAAGAGCUAAAAAGAAAAACCAUAAGAAAGAAAGAAGCUGUGAGAGGUAUGAAAGCAAAGGCAGUGGUUCAAGGCAGAAGGACAAGAAGUACAGACGCUCUCGAUCCAGAUCUAAGGAGAGGAGGAAAGACAGGUCGAGGUCUCGAUCCACUUCAAGGUCAAAAGAGGCACGCAGGUCAAGAUCAAAAGAGAGACAAAGGCAGAGAUCGAGAUCUAGAGAAAAGAAGAGUGAAACAUGUGGAAAAAUGUCACAGUCCAUAGAAAGGAAGGGAGAGAGAGGCUCUCAGAAACUAGGAAAGAUUUCUGUAGAGACUUUGAAGGAAUCUAAAGACCUGAAAGAAAAGCCUGCUUUCAUUGCUCCUGUGAAGGAUGAGCCUGGUGUUCCAAAGUUGGUGAAUGAAUCCACCCCUAAAGGGGAAAGGAAAAAAAUAGAUGAAUGUGAUUUGGAAAGCAAGAUGGAUGUGGUCUUGGAGGCAAAGGUUAAAAUGGAGCCAACUUGGCCUAAAGAGUUUGGAUGCUCUUCAUGUGAAGAUGAGUUCUUGGGCUCAGUUAAAGACGAGGUGUUUUCUGCCCAGCCUAUCUCUGUAGAUGAACACUACAAGCCUAAAUUAGUUGGCACAUCUGAAAAUCUUCCUGGUGCAGCUUUUCAUGAAACAGAACCUAAUAAAAAAGAAAAUGAAGAGCACUCUGCAGAUAAGGUCAACAUUGACUACAUCCUUCAUACCACAGACUUAAUAAAACAUGAAGUGGUUGAACCAAUAAAGGUCAGUGCACCUGCAGUUGACACAGUUACAGCAAUUAAAAAAGACGAUGCCACCAUCAAACCUGAGGUAGUGCCAUCCCCUGUGACUGCUACCUCCAAAUCCAGGGCGCCAGUGAAGAGGGUGACCUGGAAUCUCCAGGAUUCAGAUGGGCCCUCAGCAGAAAAGACAGGCAAAGUUUCGCUUUUUAAACCGCAGCAAAGUAGCAAAGAUGGACUCUGCAAGGCACCGGAAUCCAGGCAGGCCUUGAAUCAGGUGCAGUUAAUUGAACCUCCUCCAACAAAUUACAUGAUCCCUCAGCCUAUGUUUCCUGAUAUAGAUCCCUCACAGGACUUUGCCGAACCUGCUCCCUUGGACACGUCCGUUCACGUGGGGUCUCUGCCUUAUGCCCCUGUGGUCAGCGAGUCCACAGCCCAGUACAUAAUGCAGGGCAACCUGGCGACCGCAGGCUCCGCAACCAGCCUGACCUGUCCCUCUAGCUCUGACCUCAAGGCAGGUGUGUCGGAGCCAGGAGCACAAGUCCCAUCUGCGCAGAAGGAUGAGCCAAGAGCACCAGAAAGCGUUAGCGAUGUGGACAAGUCCAAGAAUGAGAAAUACAUAAAGAAGCUUCAUAUGCAAGAAAGGGCAGUUGAAGAAGUAAAACUGGCAAUUAAGCCUUUUUAUCAGAAAAGAGAUAUCACUAAGGAAGAAUACAAAGACAUUCUACGGAAAGCUGUUCAGAAGGUGUGCCACAGCAAGAGUGGAGAAAUCAACCCAGUCAAGGUUGCAAACCUGGUCAGAGCUUAUGUUGACAAGUACAAGCACGCCAGGAAGCACAGGAAAGAGGCCGAGGGCUCAAGGAAAGACACCGCGAUGACCAAGGACCCACCAUCUUGAAGGAGAGCCGUUUCCAGCCCACAGAGACAGCAGGCACAACACACUUUUUAGAGUUGCAAACCUUUAGGGCCAUUUAUGUUGCAAUGCGUUAUUUUUUAUUUCUCAGAACAUUUGAGAGUGACAUUUUCUUACUAGGUGCUUACACAGCGUUUUUGCAUCAACAAACAUCAGGAAGAUUAAUGUUGAGGCUGUCCGAAUCAGCAUAUGAAUCCCCUUACCGGCCUCCUCAUGUGUUCCUGUUUGAAAAAGCAGCUUCCUACCACCCGAUUAUACUACAAGCCCAGUUCCUGUUUCUGAUCCCAGUUCUUUUUGCAUGGAGCUAUCUUUUGAGUUUGUGUUAAAUUCUAAACGUUUACACACAGGUUUAAUGAGGAAGUGACAUCCUGACUGUCCUAAUAUAUCUCUCUUACUUUUCUUUUCAUCUGUAACAUGUUGCUUGUCAAAUUCUUGUCACAUACAGACCAGUGUAUUUCUGUUUCCCUCACUACUUCAGCUGUAGUAUUUUUUUUCCCCUUAAGACUAAUGUUGAUUUUAGAUUUGAGAUCAGGUCAUUGUCUCAUCGACCUCCUUCCUCCUUUUCACAGUGGAACAAGUUUGAUCCAUGUUUGCCAGUUUCGGUUGGUGUGGGUUUCAGGCCUCUGCGACCCUGUGCUGGUUUACAAGCUCCGUGAUUUAUAUGGAAGGGAACCUGUAUCAUUAAGGGGUUAGAGCAGGUACUGCUUUACUCUGAUCAGUACAGCUCUGAACAACUGUUUUGAAUCAGACCAGGAUUGGUUGGACUGUUUGGGUGCUGCAGUAGGUUUGCUCUUGGUAGUGAAAUUUAAUAUGAGAGACGGAGCUCUGCAAGAAUAUGACCCCUCUAAUAGUGGCCUGACUAAUAUGGGAAAAGGUUCCAAAUGGUGUACAGUACCCCAAGGUGGUUCACAAUGUUUUGCAUUAUCAUCCUUUUUUCAGUUUCCUCUAUGUGUUUGUUCUAAGGAAAGUGCUACCACAUGGGAAAAAUAGUGAAACAGCAUAAAAUUAAGAAGUUUGCUUUGACACAUUCAAAAGUAUAAAUAUAUAGAAAGACAUUUCCAUGUUGGGUUGAUUCAGAGACACUAGGAUUACAGCAAUGACUUGACUAUAAUGAAUGACUUUGUUAAGGAGUUAUUAGUGUAAGGGAAGGGACAGUGGUAAAGAUUCUACUCCUGUGUACUUUGUACAAAGGGAAGAUUUAAAGGCAAUACUUUCACAGUACGUGUUCAAUAUGUUCAAUUAUUUUAUCACCACAAGACCCAUUUUGUGAUAAUUUCUGGUAAUAGUUUACAUUAUAGCUAUAAUCUGACAGUAUAAAAAACAAAAGAAACCAUUUGUUUAAUGCCUGAACUCUCACAUCACAAAUCUCGUUUUUAUGCUGGACCAUUACCUUGGUAGUAUGGUCUCACUGUAGUAUUUUCAAAAGUGUGGUUUUAAUUCACGUUCUGGUGCAAGUUGUAUUUGGCAAUACUGAAAUGUGAAAUGCUCAAAUUGAACAUAAGCAAGCAUUUUUUAAAAGUUUUUUUGUAAAGGUUCUUGCAUAUCACUUGGAAAAACAGAUUGUUCUUAAAGCAUUUUACUAAUCUAAUACGUUGUUUUUCUUAAUUUACUAUUAAGACGCAUGAAAGAACGUAAGUGUUAAACUGUGUCACAGUUUGAAUACAUUGGUGAAUUUUGUAACACCAUCCCUGAAAUGUUGACACUGAGAUCUUUAUAAUGCAGGCCAGCUUAGUGCCUCAUUUGCCUGAAACACUAGUCACCAAGAUCUAGCCUUGGUUUGUACUUUGUACUGUUGUUAACCAUUAUGUUUUUUUGUAGGAGUAAAUCAUCCACUGUAAAAUGUAAAAACAUACUUAGCUGAAAUUAAUUUCAUUUAAAAAUCUUAAGUACCCCACAGUCAAGUUUGUAUUUGAGGUUUUUAAAUUAUGGUAUUGUUUUUUGCCCCUGUGAAUAAGUUCCCCGUGGUUAGUAUAGAAGUUUGAAAACACUCCCCUGUUAGCUUAAUAGGUUAAAACAAUAUCUCAUUGUCAGGAAUACAUGUACUGUAAAGACCCUGAAAGUGCUUGAAUUUCUAGAAGUACCUUAAAGUGUAAUUGGUUGGCCUAGAACGCUUGCUUUGUCACCCAUUCUGUGAACUGCUGAAACUGUUUAGAGCAACUGAUCAGAGAAGAGUUGGUGUUAAAUUGUUUGAUUGAUUGCUUUUUUUCUACUCAAUUUCAAGUCAACUGAAACAUGCUUGAUUUAUAGCACAGUGCCAACGUUGAAGCCUGACGUUACUUAGUUAUGUACAAAAACUGGUUUGUUCAGAUCGUUUUGUUCUCUGGUUUGGUUUGCUUUCAGUUUCUUUUACUUUUGUAAAAGAGGGAGAAUCUUUGGCGCUGGAUGUAAGCAUUAGCAUUGAAACAUAAGAAAAAUCAUUUUGAUACAAGUUUCUUAGUUUAUUAAUUCUGAGCUGUUCUUCCAAAAUUUUUGAUUUACAAGGUAAAAAAUGGUGAAACUAGUGUUAAUGAUUAUGAAGUAAAUAUUGUGUUCUGUAUAGACUAAGGUAAGCUCAAAAACAGAUUUCUAAUCUAGGAUGGUCCAGGAACACAUUGUUCCUUAAACCUCCAUACAGCUCAGAAAGUAACGUUAAGGUUAACUGUCACUAUUUAACUGUUGAAAACAUGAGAUUUGUAAAUACAUUUCUUAGAAAGUGUCUUUAAUAAAAAAACAAAACUAAA